GAUCAUUUCCCUUCGUGAUUGGCUGCUGAGAUCUCUGGAAAUAUUUCUUUGUUGGCAGAUUUGGGGAGGGGGUUGAUUUUACAUUCCAGAGCAGUUUUCGCGAAUUCUUCGAGAUGGCGCCAUGAACUUUUUGCAGUUUUCUUACAUUUUUAUAUCCAGCCUUUGGGACUUUUGUAGCUUGGUUGCAGAAAAUGAAGAAGUUGAGGGAGGGAAGAGGUAGUUAUAAGAAGGGGCGAUGUAAAAAUAGAGAGGAAUUUGUUAUGACAUCUACCUGCAUGAUCUCUGAGAUCCACUUCCAAUUCAUUCUUCGGGAGUCUCAUAUCUGAUUGUACCUGCAUAUGCAUAUGCAAGUCUGACUUUCCCCACGUACCCCUCACUACUUACCCCUCUAUAACCCACAUACAUACAUACAUACACACCAUCUCAGUUCCCACAUGAGCGCCCCGCAAACCCAAAUCGAGCUCUCGCACGCUUUCGAAAGACUUCUCCAAGAACGUCUAGAAGCCGAACGUCUCCGUCGCGAUCUGAUUUUCUACUGGCACACUCUCAUUCUCGAGUGUAAAAAGCGCGGGAAAGAAAUCGAGCGAUCUUUCUACCAGGCGGACAAUUGUGGUGAGACGCCUUUCUCGAGCGAAGAAACUAUUGUGCCCGGAAGCGAAACGCCUGAUACGCUGACUGAGAUAUCGGGAUUGGAGAGAUUGCCGAGUCCGUUGAGUCCGGUGGUUAGUGCUGGAAAAACGAACUUAAGGGCGGAAUUUGGCACGGAGAGAAUUUCGAGGAGGUUGGAAGGUUUGCUGAAAAGAUACCAGGGGCUUAUUGGUGUCAACGUUUUGAAAGGAAAGGAAUAAACAAAAGAAACAGAUAGUGGGAAUGAGUAGAGAAGGGUUUUAUUGGCAAUCUGUCUCUUCUUGUUAUACGUUGGGUGCAGGGAGAGGGCGAGGCGAAACGGAAUUAUUGAAGAGUGAAAAAGA